GUGGAAGAAAGGAGAACUGGAGGCUGAGAGAACCAACCCUCAGUUCACUCUUAGAGGUGUAAGGAGAAAGGACGUGAUAUUUUAGCUCCACCGUUCCGAGUAUCUCACCGGUCCCCUAACGGCUUAAUAACUCACCUUCUUCUUGUAAUCCUCUAUUGAUCAAGUCAGAAAAUAUGUCCUCGUCUUUGAUUUCACAACUUACAACGUCGUUUGGCAACUCUAGCUUAGCGUCGUUGAGUGAUGAUGAUGUGUUUGAUGAGUCCACUGGUAACUCUCCCAACACCCAGCAGCACAUGCAAUUUCACUUCCUUCCUAGCCAACUAGCACAGUUCCAACAAUCAGCCUUGCAACAGACGCAAGGUCAACUCCAAUUACAGCAGUUACAGCAACAACAGCAGCAGCAACAGCAGCAAUUGCACCAACAGCAGGUGCAGCAACACCAUCAUCAACAGGCGCCACACCACCACCAUCAGCCACACCAGCAGCAGCAGCAACAUCACCACCACCAACCGCAGCAGCAACAUCCCCUAUUUCUCCAGCACCAGCGCUAUCCGCAAUACCGGCCUCAAAUAGCGCAGUUCCCUCAGCCAGCUGCUCAUCCGUAUGUCUCUCCAGUUUAUCCUAUUAUAGACCCGUGGGAUGCAUGGCUGUCGCUUUCACCAUUUAAUCAACCUCGUGGAAGUCCAAUGUUUGACUUCACGGUUGAUCCAUGGUCGGCUAGUUCACAUCAUCAUUCCCGUUCAGGGCAACGGAGGAAAAAGUCCUCUGGUAGCUCACAUGCCUCCCCUGUGGAAAAGAAAGUCGAGGAGGUUGAUGUGACCACACUGUCACCAAGAGAUGCCAUUCUCAAGGCCAAGGUGCGACUUGCCAAUUUGGUGGAAUGGAAGACGUACACUAAGAACAAUGCGUGGACUCCAGAAAUUGUUCUCGGAGAACCAUUUGUUGUGCCAAUCAACAUCAAGUUCCUGCAACUUGUCCCGACUGCUCGCUACCUGAUCUCACUCAGCUUUGCUCUAAGAGAGGACACGCCUGGCCUGAUGUCCUUUUCCGACGAAUCUCUGCAGUGGAACAGCAUCGAAGGAGCUGUGCACCAGGCGCCACGCAAACAGGGAACUUCUGGAAGCAGUGCUACAUCAGAUAAUAAAGUGAAGGUGGAGGUUGUCCUUACUGAAGCACCACCACAAAACACAAUCAAACUGAACAAUGGCAAGCCUUUGACGGGCGAAGAACUCAUGGACUCUCCCAAGGAAUUCUCUGGUCUGGUUGUUGCCCACCAGCCAGAGAAUCCUAAUCAGAUUCGACUUCGUCCAAACUACAAGUAUUCCCCGUGCCUCUACCUAACCCUUCUCUCUGAUUAUACUGAUGAUGAUGAAGAUUCCAGUGAUAAAUCUGAUAAUGGGGGUGAUGAUGGGCCCUACACAAUGGCCUUCACACGAAAGGUCAUGAUUCAUGACAUCAAGAUGGUGCCAGUCGAGCAACUCCAUAAUCCAUUGCUCGGAUCAACGCUUUCACCUUCUGACAAGUCCUCGUCUUCGUCCUCGUCCUCUUCAUAAGGUUACCUCAUACAUAUUUAUAUAAUUACUAUAUAUUUUUAGUCUCUGUAGAUACGUAGACAGUAAAGGACAUAACUCUCAACUUCUCUUAGUUUUGCUACUGAUUGGCAUCUCUGUUGGCUGCAUGUAUCACACAUACUCCGCAGGCCAAUUUUCUUAGUGCAAAAAGUAUUUAUUUCAUUGAGCAUUGAUUUUUCUAAAUGCUCUGAAAUUACCCCAGCCAGCAGCAGGAACAGCAGCAGCCCAUGCCAGAUAUAACUGUUGUUGAUGGCAUCGGUGCCGCACCCUUUAUUCGUUUGUUCACUGCGUUUACUGUUACCGCUUCACAUUAUCCCCAUUGAGAUUUUUUCAGAAACCAUCCCCUCUUGAUACUUCCUAUUCUCCUGGCCAACGUAACAAUUAUCGUUGCCCAGACCCCCAGCUACCGACUUUCACCGUCUCCGGUGGAAUGAUUUCAACCCAGCAUUUUUAACUACUUUGUGUCAUUACAUUGCUCACUGCAAGCCCAGGUGUUGGUAUACGCCAGCCAGGUCCUUUGACUCGCUGUUAUCAAGCCGUUCAUCUUUCUCCCUUUGUUUCAUUUUACGUUUGGCCAUGACCCACGAUAACCUCCUGCUCUUUAACCCCAUUUCCUUCUUGGAGACGUUCUAAUACCAGCCCCUCCCCGAUCUAUUUUUUAGAUGCAUAACUUAUUUUGUAUGUUUGCUGUUAUCCUUGCUGUUAUCCUUGCUGUUAUCCUUGCUGUUAUCCUCUUGCACGCAAUUGCCUACAUCAUUGGAUAUUGUGCAAAUGAACAUCCUAACCCAACAUUCCAUAUCUGCUCCUUAAGUUCGGUA